GCGCGAUCCAUACGAGAUAUAAGGUGGCGUUGACGGGACAGACUGACCACACCCCCAGCGCGCUGGCAUCUGCAUCGCCCUCAGCACGCACAAUGGCGCCCGCCGCUAUCAACGAGCCUCCCCGCCUCGACGUCGCCGCUCUCAAGGCUGCGGCCGGCCCCCAAGCACCCGUGGUUGACCUCCGGUCUUUCGCGCACUUCAACAACACGCCCGGCAUCGGUACUGAGUUCCGCGCCGCAGGCGACUACCGCGAUAAGAGUGGAAAGCCGAUCCUCGCGCUCCGCGACAUCCUGGACGACCCCGCGUCCCUCCGCGCCCUCGGCCGUCUGGUCUCAGAGCGCGGCGUAGUAUUCUUCCGCGACGCCGACAUCAGCACCGACGAGCAGCUCAAGCUCGUCCACGCCCUCGGCUUGCUCGGCGGCAAGCCCGAGACCUCCGGCCUUCACGUGAACCCGUGCACGGCGCCGGGGCAGAAGGAGGGCGACGAGGUAGCCCGCAUCUCAAACAACUAUGUGUUCGGCGAGAAAUUCAAGCGCGACCAGAGCACGAUGCUCCUCCGCCGUGUCGGCAAGCUCUCGUGGCACAGCGACAUCACCUACGAGCCCGUGCCCUCCGACUAUGCCUGCCUCACCAUCCGUACUGUUCCCGAGACUGGCGGCGACACGCUGUGGGCUUCCGCAUACGACGCGUUUGACCGCCUCUCGCCGCCCAUGCGCAAGUUCCUGGAGGGUCUCACCGCCCUCCACAAGGGCGUGGGCUUCAUCCAGCUCGCGCGCAAGUUUGGUAUCCCGGAGUUCCGCGAGAACCGCGGCUCCCCCGAGAACGUCGGGCAGGCGCUCGAGGCCGUGCACCCCGUCGUGAGGACCCACCCUAUCACGGGGUGGAAGGGGCUGUUUGUGAACCGCGAGUUCACGCAGCGCAUUGUCGAGCUUACGCCGUACGAGAGCGACCAGCUCCUCGAGUUCCUCUUCAACCACAUCAGCGACAACCAGGACAUUCAGGUCCGCUUCCGCUGGGAGCCGCACUCGGUCGCCAUUUGGGACAACCGCUGCACGUUCCACACGGCGACGUUUGACCUCGACAACAAUGUGCGCGAGGGCACGCGUGGCCUAUCCCUCGGCGAGAAGCCGUAUCUCGACCCGAACUCGCUCACGCGCCGUGAAGCGCUCGAGAAGCAGGGCGUCAAGCCCCAAUCUUGAAGGGAGCAGAUAUCACCGUUGUAGUGCUAGUGAGGCGCGAUAAGUUGACCAAAUGUGACGAGUGAACGGGUGGACGAGUAGUCGCUGACGAGGUGGCGAAGCAUCGCGUCG